CCUCCUCGCUCCCCAAAUCUAACCGAGCGAGCGAGAGAGCGAGAGGAGCCUAAAACCCUAACCCCCGAAUCGAAUCGCGUCGGAGAGGCCGCCGCCGCCCGCAGCCAUGGACAUGGGAGCGAUGAGCGAUCCGGAGAGGAUGUUCAUCUUCGAGAUGGCUUGCCAGAACUCCAAGGCCGCCUACGAGCAGAACCCGCUCGACGCCGAGAACCUCACGCGGUGGGGCGGCGCGCUGCUCGAGCUCUCGCAGAUGCGGAACGGCCCCGAGAGCCUCAAGUGCCUCGAAGAUGCGGAAUCCAAGCUGGAGGAAGCACUAAAAAUUGAUCCCAUGAAGGCGGACGCACUUUGGUGCUUGGGGAAUGCGCAGACAUCUCAUGGAUUCUUCACUUCAGACUCUGACAAGGCUAAUGAGUUCUUUGAAAAGGCAACCCAUUGUUUCCAGAAGGCUGUUGAAGUGGAACCUGCGAAUGAUCUUUACAGGAAGUCACUGGAUUUGUCAUCUAAGGCACCAGAACUACAUAUGGAGAUUCAUAGGCAAAUGGCAUCUCAGGCUUCACAAGCUGCAUCCUCAACCUCCAAUACAAGGCAAUCAAGGAAGAAGAAGGACAGUGACUUCUGGUAUGAUGUCUUUGGGUGGGUGAUUCUUGGGGUUGGCAUGGUUGUCUGGGUGGGUCUUGCCAAAUCCAAUGCCCCUCCGGCAGCUCCUAGGUGAGGUGGGUCGUCUUCCAACACUACCUGCAAACGGAGACAUGCUUAUGUUAGGUGCCUCGGACUUCAAUCUCUGCUAGUAGCUAGUAGCUCAUCAUGGAGAGUAACAGGUGUUUCCAUGUUACAGUUUGGUCAGAUUUUCAAUGCCUGAUAUCCUUUUCCAACUUUGUUGAGGUUUAGAUGAGUCAUAAAUCUACACUUGUUGAUACUUCCAUGUUUUAUCUCUGUAUUGUUUUGAGGCAAACAUGUUUUGAUCGUUUCAUCCAUGGUAUCUAUUCUGUGUGCUAUUGGAUGGUGAGCAGAAUCCUUCUAUUAAGCACAUAAUAAUAUCGUUUUUUUUUCUGAA